AUGCCCAAGGAACAAAUCGAUCGGACUGUCCAACACUGGAAUACGGCGUUGCAGAUCGUAUGUAUCAGUGCCACUACGCUUUGCGUCGCCCUCCGAGUUUAUACCCGGAUGUUCGUAUUCAAUGGCUUGGCCAAAGAAGAUGUGGGCUACCAUGGAGGGGGCCUUCACGUCGACGAUGUGUCAGAUCACAAUCAACGCAUUUUCCGUAAGACCGUCUACGGAACUAUGAUUAUCUACGGCCCGGCAGCCUACCUAACCAAAGUAUGCCUCCUCUGGAUCAUGACGCGGGUCUUCCACCCCUUCCGCAAGGCUGUAAUCUUCAUCUAUCUUUUUCUCGGCCUGAUGUUGGCCUACUAUGUUCCAGCGUUGAUUGUCAAGAUCUGCAUCUGCAUCCCCAUCUCGAAGUUCUGGGCCCCGGCUACUCCCGGCCGCUGCCUGGAUCAAUCCAAGAUCACGCUGGCGGAUGCGGUGAUUAGUGUAGUCAGCGAUCUAAUCGUCCUAAUCAUUCCACUAGCCUUGGUAUCGACACUACAUCUACCCACCCGAAAGAAAGUCCGUGUCAUAGCCCUCCUCAGCGCCGGUGGUCUCGCCUGCGCGUCCAGCAUCGCCCGUCUGAUUCGGGCUGUUAUCUAUGGGCAAGGUGAGCAUUUUGGUAGUUCCGGGAAUGCUAUUGAGAUCUUUAGAACUGUGGAGAUUUCAACUGAGGUUACUAGUGUUUGA